CAUGCGCAAUGCGGAUCGGGUAGUGACCGGUAGUGACACUUUCCACUCUCUGGUUUUGCCCAUUAGCUUUAAACUGUGCUUUACGUCGAUCAUAGUUAUUCAGCUUGCUACUUAGCACCAUGGCUAGUCUGCUACCAAUGCAGUGCGUUGCCUCACUGAGGAAACCAGGAAGACUUAUUCAUUUGAGAGGUGCUGCUUCUCUGGGAAUCAAUAAGCGAAACUACAGCAGCAAAAAGGCAGCCGCUUCAGGCGAGUACCUUCACCAGAGUGUCGUUCCAUCGAUGCACUACCAGAAGAGUUUACCCAGGCUACCCAUACCAAAGCUGGAGGAUACUGUCAGGAGGUAUUUAGCUGCCCAGAAGCCCCUGCUGGAUGAUGACCAGUUCAGAACAACAGAGAAACUCACCCAAGAUUUCCAAAGCGGUGUUGGGAAACAGCUGCACGAGGAGCUGGUCGCGCAGGACAAAAGAAAUAAGCACACCAGCUACAUCUCAGGGCCGUGGUCCGACAUGUACCUCUCUGCUCGGGACUCCGUGGUGCUCAACUUCAACCCCUUCAUGUCCUUCAACCCCGACCCUAAGACGGAGUACAAUGAUCAGCUCGUGCGUUCCACCAACAUGGUGUGUUCGGCGGUGCGCUUCAUGAAGACGCUGCGGGCCGGGAUUCUGGAGCCAGAGGUUUUCCACCUCAACCCGGCAAAGAGCGACACGGACAGCUUCAAAAGGUUCAUCCGCUGGGUGCCCUCCUCCCUGUCCUGGUACGGAGCCUACAUGGUGAACGCUUACCCUCUGGACAUGUCUCAGUACUUCCGCCUCUUCAACUCCUCUCGUAUCCCAAAGACUGGUAGAGAUGAGCUCUUCACGGAUGAGAAGGCGCGACAUCUGCUGGUAAUGAGGAAUGGCAACAUGUAUGUGUUUGACGUUGUGGACAAGGAGGGGAAUCUGGUGGAGCCUGCAGAGAUCCAGUCCCACUUGAAGUACAUUCUGUCCGACUCAGCACCAACUGCGGCCUUUCCUCUGGGGGUCUUGACCAGUGAGAACAGGGAUGUGUGGGCCGGGCUGAGGAACAAACUGGUAGCUGCUGGAAACGCGGAGGAUUUACGGGUCGUCGACAGCGCGCUUUUCUGUCUCAGCCUGGACGAUGAGAGCAUGAAGGACCACAUCCACAUCUCCCACAACAUGCUGCACGGAGACGGCUGCAACCGCUGGUACGACAAGUCCUUCAGCAUCAUCCUCACCAAAGACGGACAGGCGGCCAUCAAUUUUGAGCACUCCUGGGGCGACGGUGUAGCCGUGCUCCGCUUUCAGAAUGAGAUCUUCAAAGACACCACGGAGAAGCCGCUGGUCCACCCGGGCUCCGCUGCUGCUGCGGUGGACUCUUCCUCCGCGGUGCGCAGACUGCAGUUCAACCUGGACAGCGAGGUGGAGACCGGCAUCCAAAACGCCAAGGAGAACUUCGACUCAGCCGUAUCCAAACUCACCAUCGACGCCUUGGAGUUCAAGAAAGGCGGCAAGCAGCAGCUGAAGAAGAGCAAGCUGAGUCCGGAUGCUAUAGCUCAGCUGGCCUUCCAGAUGGGUUUCCUGAGGCAGUAUGGACAGACCGUGGCCACAUACGAGUCCUGCAGCACUGCGGCCUUCAGGCAUGGCCGCACAGAGACCAUCCGACCGGCCUCCGUGCACACGCAGCGAUGUGCACAUGCCUUUGUCUGCGAGCCAGGGCAACAUAGUGUGGAACAGCUCCAGGGUCUGCUGAGCGAAUGCUCCAAAUAUCACGGGCAGCUCACCAGAGAGGCAGCAAUGGGCCAAGGCUUCGACCGCCACCUGUUUGCGAUGAAGUACCUGGCUAACUCCCAGAGUCAGGCCCUGCACAGCCUGUACUCUGACCCCGCCUACACCGCCAUCAACCACAACAUCCUGUCCACCUCCACCCUCACCAGCCCCGCGGUGAACCUCGGCGGCUUCGCCCCUGUGGUGCCCGACGGCUUCGGCGUUGGAUACGGUGUCCAUGACGACUGGAUCGGCUGCAACGUGUCCAGCUACCCGGAUCGCAAUGUGCACGAUUUCCUGCAGUGUGUCCACAAGUCCUUCGAGGACAUUUUCACUGUGCUGGAGGGAAAGGCACUCAGCUAAGAAACAAUUGUCAAAUAUAUAUAUUUUAUUAGCGACAGUGAAGGGGAGUGCUGUCAUACUCUCAGCACAAAACAUGCAGAGUGAGAUUACAAUUAUAUUAUAUACACCACAAAAAAACAAGGAGAAUGAUAGUGCUUAAAUACACUAGGAAUUAAAAGUAUGAGAAUAUUUGUUGGGACUUUGGGUGUUAAUAUUACUGUAGAUAUAAAACAAGUGAAUAAAACUUGCGACAUAACAUUUAAGACUACAUCAACGAACAUGAAAAUCAUUUGAAACAUGGAAUUAGCUAGCUUUCCACUUCUACUGAUUCAAAGCACUGGCUUUAUGACCUCAGUGUGUUUGUUCAUUCUGACAGCAGCGUACUGUAUGUUGGUUUGUUGUUCUAGUGUAACUUAGAGUAACAGAUGACACCAUUUAGUCAUGUUAUUUAUGCAGUAGGGCUUUUCAGAAGUAGAACUUCCAAUUGAGCACGGAGACAUUUUCUCUGCCUUAUCAUUAUGUGAAUAUCAGACACAAUUGCAGAUUGUCAUUGUAAUAACUUCUAAAAAAUCAUCCAUGUUUGUUGUUGAUAGCUUUACUGAUGUGUUGGAAGGUUUUUGGAAAUUAAACUUAAUUGAAUGACA